GAGGCGUCCGAUGAUCAUUUUAUUCUGUGUCCACUGCUGCAACAAGUGACCCUUGAUAAAGUAAUUACAGAAUCAUCGCUUAAACUCCCUAUGCAGUUUUAAGCAUCGUCCGUCCCCGCAUGAUGUAUCAGGGUAAAUAGCUGCGAGAUGAACUUCGGCACAGUGGUCGUUAUUGCGGGGGUAACGGGACUGCUUAGCUUCGGCUUCUUGGCUGUGGCGAUCGGAAGCGAUUACUGGUACAUCAUUGAGGUGAACGCACCGAACAACACAAAUUCAGAGGAGCUCAACUCCCAUUCCGGACUCUGGAGAAUAUACGAAGGUAAAAACGGCAGUUCCCAUUUCAUCCCCUCCAUCCUUGCAGAGACGGCGAAUUACACCGACCAGGAGAGGAAUCUGCUCGACAUGCACAGGGUGAUCGUCAUCCUGUUACCCCUCAGCCUGGUGCUGCUGGUGUGCGGCUGGGUCUUUGGCUUGGUCAGUUCCCUGGCUCGCAGUCCCACCCUCCUCUCUGGCACCUCCUCCUACUUCCUCAUCUGCAGCAUCCUGACGCUAUCUGGCGUGAGCCUCUACAUCAGCUAUUCGCAGAAAGCCCUGGAGGAGAUUGAAAACCAGUUUGGGGCACUGCUGUUAGCCCAAGUGCACGUGUCCUUCGGCUGGUCCCUCGCUGUGGCCUGGCUCUCCUUCAGCCUGGAGGUCUCUACAGGUCUUCUUCUCCUGCUGGCUGCCAGGAUGAUCCUUCUGGAAGCCCGUCUAGAAGCCUCCUCUGUCGCCGACUCGCCAAUCUAGAGUUCCAGCUCAGUUUUGUCUCCACCUACAGACUCCAUCUCUGCUCGCCCUGCAGCCAACCGUACACCUCUCCACAGAACUGCUGUGUUUGACUAAUUCGGCAAACAUCUCGAUAUGCUCUCUCUCUCACACAUGAACACCUCAUGACAACUAGGUAUGGAGGGGAAAAUUAAUAGCAUGAAAUGAAUAUUGGCUACAGAGAGGAAAAUUAAUAUUUAUAUAAAAUAUUCAUUACAAAUUGCCACCACUCUCGGCAAUCAUUACUGUGGUUGCAGGAAAUGACUGAAAUGUUAAUUAGACCAGACUAAUAGAGACCCUAGGGUCAGUCUUCACACCUCGCCUCAUACUAGUCUUCUUUUAUAGUGUCUGUGAAAACUGACAUUUACGCUUAGCUACAUGUAAUUUAACCUUUGAAAUAUGUUUUGUAAAUCACUGUAGUGUUUUCCUAGUGAGAAGAUCUGAUGCCUGCUGCUGUCUGUGCAUAAGCAUCAUUUGUGAUUCAGAAGGACAUGAAGCAACUUCAUUUCCCUGCCUAUUUAACAAGCAGCUGUUUCACCCAGUAAGUGACACAUUUACAAGGUGUACCACUGCAGUAUAACCAAACAGGCCAGCGCUCUGCCAGAGCUCAGACACUCUUUAAUCUUCUCUCAGAUCCCUGAAUAAGAAAAGCAACUCAAAUAAGAUUUAGGACCAGGGUGGCUGGCUAAUCUAAAAUGCUAAGAGUCUCUGAAUUUUCAGUUUACUUACAAGCCUUACUGGUCAUAAAUUGUGUGACUAUAUUUAAAAGUAAUUUUGUACUGUGAAGAGCAAAAACUUAAAACCAAGGACUCGCGCCCCACUUGGCUUUCCAAACGCUGUGCUAAAUGAAUGUUUCCCUCCUCUUACUGAUGACUGUACAGCAGUGGCGUACGGCAGUGUAUCGCUGCCAAGACAAAAAGAAAAUCCCGGCGAAUUUCUCAUUAUAACAAGAAAAAAAUUCACGUCAUAACGAGAUCCAUUUCACGUUUUAAUCCAUUUCACGAGUCACCCUUCACGAUUCAGGCAUUUUCGGUCCAUUGGAUUAACUAAUGCUGGACAUCGAGGAACUAUCUCUAAGAGGUCUGACUGAUUCUUCUGUACAACCCCAAGCUUUUCAAACACACAUUUCAGACAAUACCACCUACCGAGCUCAAUAACAGCAGAAUUUCACUCUCAUCCACAGAAUUAAA